ACUCUACUAAGGCUAUACCGGAAUUCGAAGCGGAUAUACAUUUUUAUCUUCGUCGAAGAAGAAGUCGAAAGAAAACAAUCACAAACCUCCAGUGUCCGAUUCUUAUUUCAUGCACAUUUUCAGCACCAUCGCACCGUUUUGACAAAAAAGGACACCAUGCCCGUUAUUUGUGCAGCGACGGGAUGCAGCAAUAAGUUUGUGAAGGGGUCGGAAAUCAGAUUUUACAGGUUCCCACUCAGUAAACCUCUACUUGCCGGCAAAUGGGUGCACAGCUUGGGGAUGAAAAACUUCAUCCCAACUGUCAACACCUGUCUCUGCUCAGAGCACUUCAGGGCCGACUGCUUCAGGGACUACAACGGCAAACAGUUUCUGAGGGAGGAUGCAGUGCCCACCAUAUUCAGUCAUGGCCAGGACUCCUCAAAGAUUGAACUUCGUAAAAGAGGGGUGAUACCAAAGGAGACAAACACUGCAAAUCAGAUGGGAACACAAGCAGACAAAGAAAGAGUGAGAGAGGCGGCAGGUCAACGCAGAGAAAAAAGAGGAGGGAUGAGGGGUGGACGAGGAGGCCGUGGAGGGAAGCAGCUGUCUGACAGGCAGGCUGCUGGAGCCAAGAGCAGAGUGUACGACAACAAAGGCCGACUACUGUCCAACAACAAGGACAUGUGCGACUGUCUGGACGAGGAUUGUAUGGGCUGCUUCUAUCCUUGCCCCGAAUGCGGCUCACGCAAGUGCGGGGUUGAGUGCCGCUGUGACAGAAAGUGGCUUUACGAGCAGGUGGAGGUGGAGGGCGGAGAGAUCAUCCGGAACAAAUUCGCUGUAUUGUAAUCAGUGACUCUUCAGGGAAAUUUCACUCUCCCUGAAUACAGCUGCCAGUCAAACACUGGGCUGAUGGACUAUUCAAGACUAUGAUGCUUUUUUUUUUUAAAGAAAUCUUCCACAAUGUUAUGAAAUAAUCAGGUGUCUUAAAGCUACUAUCCAAGGUAGGAAACUAUGCAGAAUAAUGUAAAUAUUCUGCUGAAUGUUGGAUGUGCUUUGUGUUCCACUUUUUGUUCCGCUGUUGUUUUCCAGUAAUGUCUCUUGUGUGCCAUUCUUAUGUGUUAAUAAACUAUUUUCUUAAUGUUU